GUGGCCAUUGAGUGUCACACUUUUGAUUGGCUAGCUCGAUCACGUGGUACAAAUCCGCCAUUAAGAUUCCAAACAAACUGGAAUCCUCUAUAGCAUCAUUGUACUGCGACACUGCGACAUUGGAAUUUCAAUAUUUUAAACUUAUUUUAAUUGUGGAUUUCGAUAAAUUGCAUCAAGCAUUUUGGAAGGUUACAUGAAGGAAGAUACUUCAAGAUGAACUUUCCUGGAUGUAAAUAAUUAUCUUUGUUUCAUAACUCAAAUAAGAUGGUUGGAUGCUCAGCAUUUGGGUGCACAACUAAAUCGGAGAAGGGGUAUGUAAUGAAGAAGUAUCCCAAGGAUCCAGCAAGAAGAAAGGUAUGGGCAGCCAAGGUGAAGAGGAAAGGAUGGACACCCAGUGACACAUCAGUGCUCUGUGAACUACAUUUCGAGCAAUCCAUGUGGGAGAAAACGAGGGAAGAUGGAACCAAAAAGCUGAAGCCGAAUGCUUAUCCAACGAUCUUCUCUUUUUCUUCAAAAAAGGAACCCAGAAAACCUCCUAAGGUACGUGAAACUACAUCAAUGAACUACACCGCUGCAUCAACACUGCCAUCAACAUCAGCUUCUGCUCAACCCACAAUGUUCAAUCCUGCUACUGAAACAUCCCAGAAAUCAGACAUAUUGCUUGACCAACACACAAUGGAAUUGAUUAAUGAUUUGAUCAAUUAUCAGGAAAAGAUGGAGUUCAAGUUGGCACCGAAAUUAAGUCAAGAGGAUCUCACUCCAACUCACUUUCGAACAAUGAGAGUGUCAACAUCUACUCAUGUUGUGAGUCAUGAUGUGAGUAGUGGAUUGAAAUUUUUAGCUGCUCAAUGCAAUAAAGCAGAAUAUAAAACAACAGCUUGGUUCAUUGAUCAAGUUGAAAGAUGGUUCAAAUUGAUGACUUCAAGACACCCAGUCAAUGCACUUAGCAAAGAGAAGCUUCAGAUCUACGAAGAGUUGAUUGAAUUUCUAAGAAACUUCAUUGACUUAUUCACUAGGAUUGAAGUAGGAGAAAAAAAGCACUGGAAGCCAUCACAAACAGGGGUCAACAUUUCAACCAAGUCAAUCCUGGACCUACAAAAAGAACUACUGAGUGAAGACCACUACAAGUUCCUUCUGACAGCUCGCUUCACUCAAGAUUGUUUGGAGAAUUUGUUCAGCAGUGUGCGCAUCAAACAAGUGAUUCCAAACGCGGCUCAAUUCAAAAACAUUCUAAGACUGAUCAGUGUUUCUCAAUUCCUGAGUGAUGUGUCUAAGACAAGCUACGAAGAGGAUGAUAGGGAGAUGCUUAGUGGCUUCUUGAACGUCUUAGAAAAAAAAACAAAAUGUGUACCGACUGAAGAAACUUUCACCGACAUUGAAACGACGUACGAACCUCCAAUAAUGAGCUACAGUGAUCUCAGUGCACUGUAUAACGUUUGUGGGUACAUCAUGUCCAGCAUAGUUAAAAAUGGAAAAACAUGUGAGGUAUGUGUUGGAAGUGUUGGCACAAAAACUUACAAUGAGUCACUGGAGUAUGCAGGUUUCACUCGCAUAAAGUGCUUCCGAGAAAAGUGCCUCUUCUUCUGCAACAACAUAACUUUUGAUUUUUUUCGAAAAUUAGAGAACAUUUUCUUGAAAUAUUGGUGUGUUGCAAAGGAUUGCGAUAUGGACUUGAAAGAGUUUUUUCGUAGGAAGAUGGAGAUGGUUGAUGGGACUCACAUUAUUGACUGCCACAACAUCAAGCAUCAGAUAGUGAUGAGAUUCAGUGUAUUCAGACUUAAAAUUUCCAGUAAAAGGAGAUUCAAAAACUUGAAUAAAACUAACAGCAGUAAAUCGGUAGCUAUGCAUUCGAUUUAGACAGUUAGUUGAUUGAUUCAUUGAUUAGUAAAUUAAAUUGCCGGUUCUGUUUUAAAAUCAAUAAUAGUCAGGAUGAACAGAUCGAUACUUGUAUAAUUGUAGCUAUGUUUUAUUGAAUACUGUGAAUCUGUAUAAAUAGAUAGAUAGAUAGAUAGUUAGAUGAAUAGAUUGACAACUAUACGCAUUUCCUUAAGAUAGCUAAUUUUAUUUAAAUUAACAAUAGUCAUGAUGAUUAGAUAGAUAGAUAGAUAGCCUAUAAUAUAAUUAAGUUAUGUAGGGUAUGAGAAUGAAUAGAUAGAUAGUAGAUUGACAAUUAUUAUAAUAUGCAUUUCCUUGAGAUAGCUAAUUCUAUUAAAAUUGAUAAUAGUCAUGAUGAUUAGAUUGAUAGAUAGGUGAAAUAUAUAUUUAUGUAGGUAAGUAGAUAGAUAGUAAAUUAUGAAUAGAUUGAUACAUACUAUAUGCAUAACCUUAAAUUAAUUAGGCAGUUCAUUUUAUUUAUAUUUAUAAAAUAGUCAUGAUGUAUAGAUAGAUAGAUAAGAUUAGGUCGUCUAUGAAUUUGUUGGCAGUUUCUUAUUGUCAUAAUAAUUGUUUCGAAUAUAAUAGUCAUGAUGAAUAUAAUAUGAUCUGAUAGUUAUGAUGAAUAGUCAUGUAAUAAAUUAUAUCAACUCAUAGAACUAAAAAGUGGCAACUCAUAGAUAUAAAGUGGCAAAGAAUCAACUCCUUCCAUCACUAUUCUUUUUAGCAAAUAUGUUUUUGGCAAGCAAUGCAACCAUAACUUACUGUACCGUUUUAUUGUAGUUCUCCUUUCUGAUGAGUUAAUUCUUGAUAAUUAAUACUAAAUAAUUAAUUCUUGUUGAAUUACAGUAUAUCAAUAAAAAUGUAUAAUAUUAUGUUCUUUGUAUUCUAAUUUAUGCUCAAAUGUUCACCCAUACACUUAUAGAAGGUUGACAUGUUGUUAUAAAUAUUAUUAGACUGUAAAGCUGCGUUUACACUAUGUAACUUUGUUAUAAAACUUUGAUAUAUCAAGUUCAAUAGAAAUGUUACAAAUUCGUGUUUUAUAAUAUUGGAACAAGAAGGUUAAAUGUAUAAAAAUGAUGUUAUAUAACAAAUUUUUCCUUUCCCACAUGAAGUGGGUAACCUGUAAUAAGUUACAGAAUUCGGUGAAAUAGGUGAGGGGGGAGUAGAAUCAUCAGCUGAUAAUAUUAUGAGAGCUUAUUCAUAAACUCAUUUUUCAAUCAAAAG